GCAAGUGGCGCUCAAGUUGGCGGCGGGUAAAGUUUGUGCGGCAUGGUGCGAACGCCACCCGCCACCCAUACCGAUCGAAGGCGCGGCGCGCGCACCACCCUACCCUCAAUAUAUAUCGCGAGUCGCACGGCCGACCCUCACAACGCAAGAGGAACGCGUGCGAACGCCCAUAACGCCGCUCGCCUGGGGCGCCGCUCUUUCUCUUCUCUCUUUUUCUCUGUUCGUCUGUUUCUCGCUGAUGCAGUCGCGCUGAGGCCGAUGCAGGCGCCGCCAUGCCGCGCUGCCUCAUGGCCAAGAAGUGGAAGGUGGCUCCGGCGGGAGAGCUGGUCGAUGAGUCCGACGAGGAGAUCGACGUGGUCGGCGAGGGGCGCGGCCGGAGCCCCGCGCCCGCCGCCACCGCGCCGGGCCCUUCGCCACGCGACCCAGAGCCGACGCUUCUCUACAACGGUUACACCGAGGAGCAGCCUUCCACACAGUUCACCGCACAGCUUCCGACCGAGGUGAGCCCGGCUCCCCCCGGCCCCUCUCAGCCGGCGCCUCAGCCUGUCUCCUAUGCUCUUCUACAUCUCUCAACCUCUGACUCAUCAGAAACGCCUUUUCUCCAAGUGCAUCUCCAAUCUUCACCUGUCUCCCCUCCUCCGCCACCGGCGAGCGGCAAAUCCACAUCGAUGUGUUACACGAGCAGUGGCACUCUACUGUCACUGCCGCCUAAGAAGAAGGACAUUUAUCGUCCGUACUGCUUAGGGGAUCGUGCAUAUCUACAGCGCCCGGAGGAAGAUCUUAAUGCAGCCCACGCGAUCCUAGACUUGAGCCAACACGCGGUAUUUCUGACUACGCCGCCACGUGCUGAGCCCUCGCCCCCUGAACCACCGCCUCCGCCUCCUGAACCUGAACCUACCCAAGAUCAAACUUCCGAACGCCCCAAGGAAACAGUCGCGUACACCUAUGACGCAUUCUUUGUCAGCGACGGUCGGUCGAAACGGCGGAAUUAUGCAAAUGCACCUGUUGAAAGUGCCCAACAACCGACCGAACAUAAGUCAAAGUAUACUUGCAGUGAAUGUGGUAAGCGUUACGCUACGUCUUCUAAUUUGUCGCGACAUAAACAAACUCAUCGCAGCCUUGAUUCAGUUGCCGCGAAACGCUGCGGAGAGUGCGGUAAGGCCUAUGUGUCUAUGCCUGCUUUAGCUAUGCAUGUUCUAACUCAUCAACUGUCACACGUUUGCGGCGUCUGUGGCAAGCUAUUUUCCCGCCCGUGGUUACUGCAAGGCCACCUUCGUUCUCAUACGGGCGAGAAGCCUUACGGUUGUGCGCACUGCGGGAAAGCAUUUGCUGAUCGCUCUAAUUUACGCGCACACAUGCAAACGCAUUCUUCUGAUAAAAAUUUUGAAUGUUCGCGCUGUCACAAAACUUUUGCAUUAAAAAGCUACCUCAAUAAACAUCAAGAAUCGGCCUGUGUUCGAGAGGAUGAUUCAUCGUCGCCUGAUGCCUCCGCCUCUGCGUCUGAAUAGGGACCGUUACAACCGUCAUUUUGGUUUUACUCGAUAACGUAAAGUAUUAAUAUGAAUUUAGUUCAUUAAAGUAAAGUAAAAUUAUAAAAUUAUUAUUAUAUUAUAUAAGAGGCCUCGUGGCCGAUACGGCGUGCAAGCGUCGAUCGGUUCGCAGUGCCGCAAUCGAGCAACGUUUCGCAAACAACGAAUCACGUACGACCCCGUAGUGCCGCAAACGCGGCGGCGAUAGGCCGUAGCGACAGACGUCCUGUUAAAGAUAAACAUUAAUGGUGUAUUGUACAUAUUAACGUCGAUAAAUAUACCCUUAUAUACAUAGAAGUAACGAAAUACGAAUGAAAUUAAUAUCUUUUGUAGGUGAUUUUUACAAACCGCAACGUAGGUUAGAGUAUCACGGUGUAAGUUUAGUAUGGGGAUGCGAGAGCUGAGCGCGAAGUACGUCUGUGGACGGAGUGGGAGCGCCCGGGCGCGCCGCGUCGUCCGUCGGCGAGGAACUUGCCGAAACUUUCCGUCCGAAGCUCCGCACACGUCGCCGCGCCCGCCGCGUCGGCCGCCCGCCACAGUGCCUUAGCGGCGACCACGCGCCGCACCCGUCCCGCCCGUCCCGCUAGCGCGGAUCGCCCCCUUCCUUUCUCUUGCACUCCAAACAUUUCCCCCGUCUUGGCCUUUAAGCAUCCGCAACGCCACCUCACCUAAUUUUUUAAUAUCAUAUGACUUACGUGCUUUGCGAAAAAAAUUCCGAGAUUAAAUAUUUUUAAUAUGUUAAUAAAGAUGUUGCAUAACUUUCCUAAAUAGAUACUUUAUGAAAUUCUUCACAUAAAAAUUAUGUCUUAAAUUAGUGCUCUACGAGGCGGCGUAUCAGAUAAUCUCAAGUACAAAAUGAAAGCAAUUUAUUUACAAUAAAUUAAAAGGACGCGCUAUUUGAUUUAAAACGAUGGGAACUUAUACUUUGGAGACGAGUGGCGGGUGCAUAACGCGACGUCGAUAGGGGACGGGCAGCGUCGCAUUACGCAGCGAGCAUGCCUUCAGAUUGAGAGUGUGUUAUUAGGAAAAGUAAAGUGUAACUGGCAAUAACAUAACUUAGUAUAAGGUAGCAUUAAAGUAGGAUAAAGAGACGAGCACGAGGUGCUCGGUAAGAAAUGGGUAUUCGAAAAGCAAUAAUAAUGUAGGCACUAAAUAAGUCGCGCACCGCAGUCGGUAGUCGCAGCAGACUUUCCUAUUCUAUUGUAUUCCCGUAGCAAUCCGUAGCUCUCGUAGACAGUGUGUAGCGCCGGCCUCUUGGUAUAUCUUAUAUACGUUCCUGCGUUUUCAAGUGACCAAUUUGCAAAAAAAAGACUAUUAGUAGUAUGCACAUAGAUAAAUCGAAGUAGGUUAGGUCGUAAUAAGGGUUAUCCACGGGGCCGUCGACUUACUUCCUGUCGCAUAAUAGUGUAUAGGUAGUGCCUCGCGUGUCAAUUUGUUCUUAAUGAAUUUCUUUAACCCUGUCAAUUAAGAGAUCUUCUCUGUAAAAUAAUUAUGUACUUGUGUCCUUCUUGUAAAACAAAAUCAGUCAAUUCCUUGUUUCCUCGAAAUUUAUUUGGAACAAAAUUAUUAUCUGUGUUGAUGAGACUAUUUGGUCAUAUUAUAUACUAUUUAAAUAACCGGGAUUUCCCUAUUCUUGUUGUAAAAUCCAAAUUAUUACAAAGUGUUAAUUUAUUAAUUAUGGUUAUUAUUUUCGAUUACAUUAAUCCUAGUAUUAUGUUUUAGUAAACGUAGAUGUGUAGUGUCUUUAUAAAAGAUUGAUUUUAAUGGUCAUUCUUAAUUAUUGUAAAACACGAUUACAUUUUUCAGUCAAACUUAGAUAGUUAGGCUAAAAUUAACAAAGGUUGCGCGUAAUAAGCAAUAUAAUGUAAAUCGAUAAGCAAUACUAGGGUAGCAUUUACGUAGUCUAUAUAUUAUAUUGUUUAAUAAUAUAUUUAGUAGUUUUCUAGUCGGUUUUGGUGCUUUGGAGUACAGUAUUGAACGAAUCUGACAUCGAAUUUUAACGUAAAAUGAUUCAAUUGUGAUAUUUUGUUUCAAAAUUAAUAUUACAAUGUGUUAUAGUAGUGCAUAAGUUUUAAUUUAUUAUCAGUUUUCUCUAAUAUCUAUUAAAUUUGCUAAUGCUACCUAUUAUGAAGAGACUAUGUACUCCUAUGCAUUUUCCCUAUAUCUUAUUAUGAUAGAUAUAGCAAUUAUAUCGUUUUGUAGAAUAGAGCAAGUAUAUGGCUUUCAAAAAACAAAAAAAAAACAACAAAAUCGAGAAAAUAUUUUGUUCAAAUAUUUAUACUACCGUUAUUGUAGUUGUAGCAUUUUACGAAUAAGCAAUGGUUUAAAAUCUUACAUUACGAAGGUAAUAUAAUAUAUACAAAAACAUAUACCAAUAUUUAAAUGUAAAUAUUUUCAUAUGUACCAAAUUACCUUCUUUACAAUUUUUGUAGUUGUAGGAGCAUAAGUAACGUAUUUAUGUAGAAAUGUAAUAUUAGGUUUAUAUUAAUUAAGCGAUUGAGCAUUUUGCUUAAACCGAUUAGCACUUUACAUUUAAACACUGCAAAAACAAAACAAGUUAAAAGGGAAGUCUUAUUCAAUUAACGUAGCAUCCAACAGCUUCUUUUGAAGAAAACAUUAUAUAAGUGAAACAGUACGAAUCGAAUAAUAAAUUAUUCAAUGAAAUUAGGUUUCCAGCAAACACUUGAGUACGACUGACAAGACGUUGAGAUUAAACAGUUUUGAUAAAUUUUUAAACAACAUCGAAGUAUGUAAUUUAGAAUGAUCAAUUAGUUUGUAACACAGUACAAUAUAGGUAUUAUUGAUAUUAUCAAAACGUAUUUAACUGAAUAUUUUUACCUGAGCUUUAUUUACAAAAAUUUUAUGUAGAUAUUUUUAAAUCGAAAUUGGACAACGACUACAAUUGACUAGAAAUAUUUGAUAUUUACGAAAUCAUAAUACCACUGCGCGUAUGUUGUGAUAACACUUAAACUAUUGUUUGCGCUAUUGUUCAAAAUACUCUAACUGAAGCUGUCUAACGACAUGUGUCUGGGUUAUAUAGCGAGUGCAAAAAUAAAUUCCUUUUAUAUGUAAUAUGAACGGUUGAUAUUGAUUAAUUGGCGCCGACUGAACAUUUAGUUAAAUAAUUCCUGACUACUUAAGCAACGAAUAAAACUAUAUAAAUUAAUUAACUGUAAACCGUGAUAAUUGUAUAAAACAGUGUUCUGAUAUUGUUCUCGUCUAUAAGAAGAAUAGUGAUACUACGUAUGUCCAAAAAAAAGCAAUAUGCAAGCAAUAAGAUCUUUAUGAGUUAUAAAAAAAUGUAUAUUAAUAUUGGAAACAUUAAGCAAUAAUGUAACUAAACGGAAAGCAAUAUUAUUUAGUGGUAUUUUAGACUAGGAAAAGUGAUACAAACGCAAAUAAUUGUGCAUGUAAACUUGUUGCUACAUCUAGACUGCAACCAGUGAUACACGUAGUUGUUUGUAUGUAAAUCGCAAAGCAAUACUUUUCACUUUAAAAUGGGUAGCAUUUAAACAAUUAUUAUAUACAAAUAUAUUACUUAUACCUAGUCUAGCUUCGUAGUUGAGAAAGAGAACACCAAUCAAUAUAAGGAUAGAUUUAAAUAUAUUUAUGUAACUUAUACAACACGUUACUAAUAUAUACGGGUCUUUUUUUAAGAUCUUUAACAAUUCAUGGCCAGUUACAUUCCCUGUGAAUUCAUGAAAAAAUAUACUAUAGUUCGUAUGUUGUCACUAUUGACAGCUCCAUAUAUAGUAUUUAAUUGUAAACUCUAUUUAUGACAUCUUAAUAAUAAUACAGACCUACUAUCUUUUACAUAGCCCGAGAGAUAAUAAAUCCGAAAAAUCGCUAGUUCAUAUUAUAGUCUCGAGGUGUUUUAGCGUUUGUUUGACGAAAUAGACACGUACAAAGAAUGAUUACUAAGUACUUAGGUUCUGGGUGAAUGCUUGGCUCGAUGUUUUUUCUCAGUAUUUUAAUCCAGUAUUCUAAUUUCGUGAUUAUCGUUGAAAUCGUUUCUGAGAAUUAGAUUAUAUAAUACAAUAACUGCUCGUCGUAGUUGUCUUGGCUCCACAAGUAACUUCAUUUUUCCGAAGAUUGUUCAAUUCUAAUAUUUCUCUUUCCGAGUGGACCUGUGGAAUAUAGCUAUAUUAUGAACAUUUUAGUAGGUUUGUUAUAUGCUCAAAUAAUUUUCUUAUUUCAUAUGUACUGAAAUGAAUGAAUAGAAAAAAAGAAUAAAUUAAUAUAUACGUAUUAGUAUACAUAAAUCUGAAAGUAAGAAACGAGGGCUCACUUUGAAAGAAGAAAAGAAAUCUAUGUACUUAAUCUUCACACUUGUUUCCUCAGAUAAACGCUUCUAUGUCACAUCAUUGCAUUCGUUUUAUUCAAUGUAAUUUUGAAUAGUUCGUUUGUCCUUGCAGUCAUUCACAACUGUAUUGAAUACCAAAUCUAUCAAUUAAAUGUUAAAACUUGUAUUUUGACACCGAUUAAGAGUAAUGCAUUAAGGGCAUAAUAUCAGCACCAGUAACAAUAGCUAAGAUAUGAAAUGAAGCGAAACCUAUAUUAUGUCUGUAGUAUUAACAAUGAUAUUCUCUCAGUGUGGUAAAAGCUUUCGAGCAAUUGCCUGACUUAUAAAAGAAAGAUAAUAAAACUUUCUUGUUUGACAGCAAAUCUUGGAAAAUUGUUAGACGAUUAACACCAGCCAGAGUUUCGUUUUAUAGCGUUAGUAUGUCUAUUGAUAAUGCAUCAUUAAAUAAAUGUAAAUUAUUAAUCAUGCAUAACUUAAUUUUCAAAUUACCCUGUACGUGCUGCGGUCAAUGAAUAUUCCAUUUUGUACAGUAAUGAUAAUAAGUAGGGAUAGGUCUAUAAUGUGUGCAUGUUCUACUGAAAAAUUAUUUUAUAUUUUCGAUAAGACACGUUAUUAACGGACGUGUGCCUAAUGUUUAAGACAAAUUAUAAAUGAUAAAUAUUAUGAGAAUUAUGACAUAAUUCUUAGCUAUAAGGUCAUUCGAAAGCAAUAAUGCGGCAACGACAGCGACGUAAUCGAAAAUUUACAACGAAUUAUUUUAUUAUUUAAGUUUCAGAUCUCAUUAUUAUAAAUAUUUUUAUAAAUUUAAUUUAUGUUUUCAUUACGUAUAUAUUACCUACUGGGUUUUGUAUGAUAAUGUCUCACGUAACUUUAAGUUUUAUUGUUUAAAUUAGAUUUUAGGUAAGAUUUCAUACAAGGUGUUAUUUUAUGAAACAUGUGCUUUUAAAUUAAUGUUACUGUAAUAUUAUACUAUACUAGUCACAAUAGACUAUAGUCACAUUAGGUAUUUAGUAACUAUAUUUUAAUUACUUACAAUAUUUAUACCAUUAGAUGUAGAAUGUGAUGUCAUUAAAGUGAUCAAACGAGUAGUAACGUGAAAGUGUUAGAGGUAUCCUUAGAUGAAAAAAUGUUGAAUCGCAGAUAGAACGGGGAAGAUUACUUGAUAGUUGCCUUAGCACGUUUCGUAACGGGCGCUGUGAACAAAACGUUAUGAUUGUGUUUCAAGUGGAAUCAAAUACGUUUAUUGCGAGGGUAAUGGUGUGCGAUGUAUACUCGACUUGUCGACUUGUGAGAUAUAUAUCUCUAUCACCAUUCAAAUAUUUUUUCAACUAAUAAUUUCCUACAUUUGCAGUAACAGCGAGAAAGUGAAUGUUCAAGAGAUUUUUUAUUUAAUGAAAAUAUUUCUUACAAAACCACAGUCAUUAAUCGUUUUCGUUAAUAUUCAUCGAAAUGACGCUGUUUUUGAUAUUGAAAGAUGAAUAUGAAGCGAACUAAUGAACUUUCUCAUGAGUCCUAUACCUACGUACCUUAUAAAUCAACUUCCAACUGGUCUAUACCCUAUUUUUCCUACAAAAGUAUCCUAGAUAUUAGCCAAAUUAAAUCAAUUGUAAUCUUUUAGGCAUAGCUCGUCAAUUUUUUAAAUUCAAUUAAUCCUUCCUAAUAAGCAAUUACUACUUACCAACAGUACCUAAAAUUUAGUGAAUAACAUUGCAUGUAUUUACCUACAUUUAAAUUAUUAUAGCUUAAUAUAUAUUGUGAAAUAUUAUUAGAGAAUAAAAAGAUCAUAGUAACAAUUUCAUGAUUUAAGAGUAAGCAAUUUAGAACAUUUUACUUAAUUAAACAACUUUAAUCAUAUGUUACUAAUUGUUAGGUACUACCGACUACAGAAACAACGUGAAAAUUAACAAAAACCUUUAUUACUUACUUGAUUUUCCAAACGAACAAUCAUGUUUUUUUCAAUUUCUGUUUCAGCAAUAACAAAUAGAACAAUCAAACAUUUUAAAUAUUCACAAACAUGUUAAAGAAAUCAGAUCAGGAUUUUCGAAACUGAAGUGGUCGAGUAGUACCUUAAAUUUCUUUAUAUUUUCUAAUUUAAAAUUUAAUUGUGUGAUUCUCCGUUUCAAAGCUUAUUCGUAAAAAAGAUCUUACACAUUUUACUCCACGUUAAAUAUAAUAUAAAUACAUAGGGUCCACUACGUUCUAGUUAGCUAACGUAGAUACCAUAGUUGUAAUCAAUUUAUUUGUAUUAAUUUAGCAUUUUUUCCAUUCUUCCUACGUUUAUCUACGAAUCAGAUCUUUAACCAAUGAUCUUAACAGUGCACAAAUAUAUAAAAAUCUGUAUGUAAAAUAAUUACAUAAACUGAACUAACCAAGCACACGACUUCAUCAGAUUUGUUACAGAUAUAAACAGCAUACGGUAAAAUAUUGAAAUUCAUAAUAUACUGAUUAUUGCACGAACAGUAAGUGCUGGGCGUGCAACGUCUAUGUAUUUAUUAUUAUCUAUGUCAGCAUUGUUUCUAUUUUAUGUUGCAUUGAGUGUUGUAUUGCUGUAACGAUGGGUUUAAUUCGAUUGAGAUUGUUUUAUUCUUCUGUAAUUAAAAUUGUA